GGUACUUCGAAAAGGCACGCGCGACGGUGGCUGAUGGCGCUGCCGCUGCACCCUCGGCGCGCUGGCAUGUACUUUCAAACUAUCUUGGGGCGGGUAAGCGACAUUCAUGCCAGAAUUGCCGCCUUCCAGCGCUUCUACUUGACUAGCUUGCAAGCAUGCAAAGCUGGGGCUGCCUGCUUGGUGCUUCUCGGUGAAAGCCAAGAUGGCACGCCUUCCGUCGCGUCGAUCUCGCCCAAUGGACUGAGUCUGGAAGUGCGACAAGGUCCUCACGUCGUCGUCACUAUUCAAUUGCGCGAUAUAGGCUACGUCGUGUGCAGCUCGGACGAGGACGAAGCGUUGUGGUGUCGAAUUCACCAGUCACACGGCCAAGACGUCACCGUUGCAUUCACAGCAGCAACCCCAUCCAACAAGUAUGACAACACCGACGACAACAACGACAACGAGUUUACAUUUGCCCAGUGGGUACUUGUCAUCAUGUGUACAGCCACUGCACUGCGUCAAGGCGACCAAGACAAGUCGACUCGUCUGCUAUGGCAAGCGGCGAGGCUGCGGGUGGUGGAGCUCACGUGCCUCAUGGGCAUCAAUCAGACGUUCAUGGAAAAGAGCCCGCACAUGGAGGCAAUUUCGUUCCUCGACGCCAUCCAAGACACGCAACGUGUCCUUCACGACAUUGCAGCCGCCGACGCCAGCGUCGAUUUGGACAGUUGCUGGUUCUUGCGUGUCAAUUGAGGCCAAAAUUCGAUACCGGACGAAAUAGAUGCGUUGUGUGGA